UUUUUUUUCAUUAAUUUUGACAUUAAUUAACAUCAGAUUUAUAAUUAUAAUUAAAAAGACAUGAUAAUUUAUACAUGUACGAAAUAGACAGCAACAACCCAAUAAGUUAAGUACACCCUAUACACCUAUUAACACUAAACAAGCAAAACCCAAUAGCCAUACACAUACAUUGAAAGAAAAGCAAUCAGAAUUACCAGAUUAUAAUCCAAAUCGACGAAAAGCAAUAAGACCAGAAUUAAAUAAACACCAACAAACGAUAAUGACUGAUACGACUUCCACGGUAACGAAUUUAACAAUCUUAAAAACAGGAGACGCAACAGCACAGACUGACAGUGUUAAUAAUCCAGAAUACUCAACACAAUUACAGCCACCGGUAGACAAACAAGCAGCUACAGUUGCAAAACAAGGUCAAUCACAAAAACCACCACUACCAAAACCAAUGAUUGCAAAAGAAGAUGAUAAUACAAGACAAAUAGAUCAAAAAGACGGGGACGAUGAAGAAGACGGAGCAUCAUCAUCAUCAAAUGAAUCAAGUACAAAGGAAACCAUAUCAAAUAGUAAUAAAAACCGCAACAAUAAAACUCAACAAGAUAACGAUUUCGAUAACUUUAUUAUGCAAACGUUUGAACCAUUUAAUGGUACUCAGAAUGCAAAUGAGUGGUUAAGUAUAACAGAAAAUAAAUUUAAACAAUAUCAGCUAAGUCGUUCUCUACGAUUUGAAGCCAUUCCCCUUUUAGUUGAAAAUCAAGCAAAAAGGUGGUAUAUUAAUCAAAGACGUCAAAUUUCAUCAUUCGAUGAUUUUUACGAACUUCUUUUACAACAUUAUAAUGAUUUUUUCUCUUCAUCGGCUAUAACAUCUUAUAAUCAAACUGAAAGAGCAAAUACUCAGAAUAAAAGUAUACAAGAAGAUCAUCAUACACGUCAUCGUCCUACUUUACCUGAUAACCACCAAAUCCAUCAGACGAUGUUCUCAAACACUCAAUUUUUACCGUCUCAUCGUAGUACUGCUUAUUUUGAUGCAGCCAAUGGCGAGAUACCAGUAAUAACGUCUACGAUGACAAUGGCGAGCUACCAGUACUAUCUUCAAAAAGAGUUACCUUUGGCAUCAAUCACAUCAUCGGCUAUUACACCUAUAGCGUUAUUAUCAUCAACGUCAACAACAAAUAACACUACUAAUUCUUUGGAUCAAACGACCAUUGAUUUACGAAAAGCUAUCAUGGAAAAUAUGAUCAAGAACCCAAAAACAUUUACCGGUGGUAAAGAAGAUGUACGAAAAUGGUUAGAAGAACUAGAAAACCAAUUUGAAAGCGCUGAUAUUCCAGAUACAAAUAGGUUUAGCAUAAUAUCAUGUCAUCUAAAAGCAGAAGCAAAACAAUGGUUUAAUGAUAAUAAAAUUAAAAUAACAUCAUGGAAAAGUUUUGUCGAUGAAAUUAAAAAAGCCUUCACAUCCUCGUAUCAAGCUGAAUUAUCUUUCAAUAAACUUGAAUCAUAUAAUCAAGGACAAAAUCAAACAAUACGUAAUUAUUAUACAGAAAUGCAUAAAAUUUCGUUUUAA